AUGGCCCGAGACCGCCUACCGUACGAUGGAGGACAGACAGCCUUGCUUGACGAGGGCUCGGAUAGUUUUGGACCAUCUCCAAGCAUGCCUAGCUAUUCCGGAGAUUCGGAUAGAGGCGAGGUCAUUGCAGCCGACCUGGGGCCAAUGUUGCUUCCAUCCUGGAACUUCCAGGACACGCCUAAUCCUCCUACAACGCCCGGGGCACUGGGUCCACAAGAAGCAUGCCUCAUUCGUUGUUUCGCACAAGAUUUGGCCACAACAUUCGAUACCACGGACAGAACCGGCCAUUUCGCUACACAUCUUCCUUUGCGGGCUUUGAAGAAUUCCUUAGUCCUCAACGCUAUCUGCGGAAUCUCAGCUCAAUACCUACUACGCAUGUCCACGAAGUCAUCGUCACCGGGUGUUAUCGAGUUUCAAGGGACAAAGCUCCCACAUCUCACGGAGGAGUCAGUGAUACAGUACCAGAGCACUUGCAUUAAUCUUCUAAUUGAUGCUUCUGCCGACCCAGAGGGGAACGCAGACGGCGACAUACUAUCAGCGAUUACCAUCCUCCGAUUCCACGAACAAAACGAUGUUUUGAUGACCGGGUCGGACUUUGAAGUCUUUCAGCGAGCGGUUCAACAUAACUUUGAGACGCAGUUCGCCCAAGGCCGCGGGUUGGGACAGGUUUUACCCAGCCUUUUCACCUCCCUUCCCAUCUUUCAACCAAGCCAUCUGUCGGCGAAUAUUGCCGCAUUCCUAGUAGCCCUUCGGAUGGAGAUUUGGGCUGUGCUGCUGUAUCAGCGUCCCAUGAGAUUGCCACUCCCAUCGUUCAAGGACUGCCGACAUGUCGACGAUGGCGAGGUGGAUGACGAUUAUCUAUGGACCAGAAGAGUCCUCGUAUGGUGCGCACACGUACUAAAGCUUCAUUUCGGUAGCGAUGGGUUCGAGGUGAGCGAUGACGGCUACGCGAGCGCAUCGGAGCUGUGGGGCGCGCUUAAGGCUUUCGAGUUCGAUUGGGACACGCGACCACCUCCCUGCUUCCAGCCCCUCUAUUUCCGGGAAAACGCGCCAGAACAGGGACGCUAUUUCCCCGAGUUGUGGUUGGCCAACCCAUGCCAAGUCAUGGCUCUCCAACACAUCGAGUUCGGGCGGAUGAUGCUAGCUAGCCACGAGGCACAGCUGCAGAAUCGGAGGCUAGGGGGCGGUGAGCUCGCCUCCCAGGCUUCCGAGGCGCUUUUCUUGCAUUCCAUGAGAACUAUCUGUGGACUUGCGGCAUGCCACUCAGAUCGACAUGAGGCCCUUACGGGCGCUGCUGUGGCGAUUUCCAUGUGCGGCAAGUACGUACGCGAUUCUAGGGAGCGCGCAGCUUUGAUGUCGAUCCUCAACAAGCUCAGGAACGAUUUCGCUUGGAAUAUCAGUCACGCUGUGAAUGCGCUUAGCGAUGGGGCUGGGGGUGCGACCCAAGGUGAGAUACGUACAUAG